UUCUUUCUGAGUCAUGUAUAUUGUUUUGGGCGCUCUGUUUCUCUGGAGCCGAGAGAGGAUAAUUAUUUAUAAACAUAUAUAGACGGCGCCCACAUAUACAUUGGGGGAGAGAGAGAGAGAGAGAGAGAGAGAGAGAGAGGAGAGGAGAGGAGAGGAGAGGAGAGAGGAGAGAGAGAGAGGGGGAGGCAUGGGUUGUUUUUCAUGCACCGGUGAUCCUGACAAACAUCUUGUGAAGAAGAAGGGCUAUAGCAAUAUAUUCAACAAUGGGAAUGAACGAGACUAUCAAACACCCAUCGCAGAUAUAUUAAAAGCGCAUCCCUCUAAAAAUGAUGAGGAGUUCAGGGUGAAGAACGACCCUAAAUUUGUGAAUAAGCCGCAUAUGGACAGCAAGGAAUCAGAUGUGGAGGAGGAUGGAGUGACUGAUGGCAUUAAGGCAGAAACAUUUACUUAUUAUCAAUUGGUGGCUGCGACGGAGAAUUUUAAAUCAGAGCACUUUUUGGGUGAGGGAGGUUUUGGUAAGGUUUACAAAGGAGUAUUGGUGGAUGGCGGUCAGCAGGUUGUAGCUAUCAAGCAACUCAAUCAUCAUGGUUCACAAGGGAUUCGGGAAUUCAUUGUUGAAGUAUCUACAUUAGGUCAGUGUGACCACAUUAAUCUAGUCAAGUUAAUUGGUUAUUGUGCCGAGGGGGAUCAGAGGCUGUUGGUCUACGAGUACAUGCCGUUGGGAUCUUUGGAAGACCAUUUGCAUGGCUUUCGACCUGACAGGAAACAACUUGAUUGGAAUACUAGAAUGAAGAUAGCAGCUGGUGCAGCAAGGGGUUUAGAGUAUUUACAUAACAAGAUAAAGCCCCCUAUUAUAUACCGCGAUUUGAAAUGCUCAAACAUUCUGCUUGACGAGGGCUAUCAUCCCAAGCUAUCUGAUUUUGGCUUGGCCAAAGUUGGUCCUGAAGGAGAUAAGACCCAUGUUUCCACUAGAGUAAUGGGCACAUACGGUUACUGUGCCCCGGAUUAUGCAAUGACCGGUCAGCUAACAUUUAAAUCAGAUAUUUACAGCUUUGGGGUUGUUCUUUUGGAGAUCAUCACCGGCAGGAGAGCAAUCGAUUUAUCAAGAUCCUCUGCCGAGCAGAAUCUGGUUUCAUGGGCACGACCUCUGUUCAAAGACCGGAAGAAUUUCUUACAGAUGGCUGAUCCAGCACUCCAAAGUCAGUAUCCGGUGAGAGGCUUGUAUCAAGCUAUUGCCAUUGCUGCAUUGUGCGUCCAGGAACAACCUACCAUGCGCCCUCAAGCAGCUGAUGUUGUCACUGCUUUAAAUUACCUCGCCUCCCAACCAUAUGAUCCUCAAUCUCGUCCUGUCCCAGGCCCCCGAAGGGCCCCUACCACUCAUAGAAGAGUAAAGGACGAUAAGCAGAAACUUCUUGCUGAUGAUGGACAGGAGAAAACCAGCCUGGACGACUAACUUCAGCCGUCAAUGUCUUUUGGCUCUGUUCGUGCACGAUGUGCCUGGUUAUCAGUUUUCGUUGAACAGAAGAUAACAGGUGCUACUUCUAGCCAUACUCUUUAUCAGGGAAGCGAAAUUCUGCCUUUUCUCUUGUUUCCCUUCCAGUGUAAAAUGCGAGCUGUAUUGAUACACGCCUCUUCGUAGAUAAUAGUAAAGUUGUCAUUUCUUAAUAAAUAAGGACUUUUCCUUUCUGUUAUCCCUCUUGACGCACUUGCAGACAUUCAAUAGGUUCAUGGAGAAUAGCAGGUUCUAUGGUUAAGUACAACUACUAUUUUGUUUAAGAAAGAUGGCUGAUACCCUAUUCAACCACACUCGUAUUUCCAGAACAGCAACCGUGUAAUAAUACAGAUAAUAAUCUCUCUCUCUGUGUCGCUCUGUCUCUCGCACACACAUUUAUGUUUACGUAAACUCAGUGCAAUGUAAACAUCCUCCUACGCGCGCACACAAAUUUAUUUUUGUGCAUGGAUUGGACACACAUAUAUAUACAGUUAUACAUUUAUAUAUGCUCAAGUUUAUUCUUGUCCAUAUAGCAGACUAC